UCAGCCAUACGCCGCUAUUUCCCCCACCCUCUCACCUCGGACCCCUUCCCAUUCCCCCCCUCCGCUCCGCCAAAUCCUUAUGGCGUCGUCGUCGUCUUCAUCGCCGCCGCCGCGCCGCUCCGUGUUCGACGCCGCCUACAUCCGCGCGGAGUUCGACGGCGCCGGCAUCUCCCCCCACUUCAUCCCCCUUAUUUGGAAGUACGUGCUGCAGAACCCUAGGUGUGGGGACCUUGACGGUGUCCCGUCGCUUCCGGCGGCCGCGUACGCUCUCCUGCGGAACAAGUUCCGGCCGACCACGUCAACGCUCACUGCCGCCGCGGAAUCCAAGGACCGCACCACCACCAAGUUGCUCAUCCGCCUCCAGAAUGGGGAAUCUGUAGAAGCAGUGGUCAUGCGAUAUGAUACACGACUGGGGAAGUAUGACGGGAAACCUCGCCCUGGAGGAGUGCGUUCAACGCUGUGUGUAUCAUCACAGGUAGGGUGCAAGAUGGGCUGUAGAUUCUGUGCUACUGGAACAAUGGGCUUCAAAAGCAAUCUGUCCUCUGGAGAAAUUGUGGAGCAGUUGGUCCAUGCAUCCCGUUAUUCCCAAAUACGAAAUGUUGUUUUCAUGGGAAUGGGGGAGCCAUUAAACAACUAUACUGCUGUGGUUGAAGCAAUCCAUGUCUUGACAGGACCUCCAUUUCAGCUUUCACCCAAGAGAAUUACUGUAUCUACUGUUGGGAUUAUCCAUUCCAUCAACAAGUUCAACAAUGAUCUUCCAAAUAUCAAUUUAGCUGUGUCAUUGCAUGCUCCUGACCAAGACAUACGUUGUCAGAUAAUGCCUGCUGCACGAGCCUUUCCUUUAGGAAAGCUAAUGAAUGCAUUACAAUCCUAUCAGAACGAGAGCAAGCAGACAAUUUUUAUUGAGUACAUUAUGCUUGAUGGGGUUAACGAUCAGGAGCAGCAUGCCCACCAGCUUGGUAAACUCCUUGAAACGUUUAAAGCGGUUGUUAAUCUGAUACCAUUUAAUCCAAUUGGCUCAUCGAGCAAUUUCAAGACAAGCAGUGACCAGAGCGUGAAGAAGUUUCAGAAGGUCCUAAGAGGCGUCUACAGCAUCAGAACCACAGUUCGCCAAGAGAUGGGUCAAGACAUAGCCGGUGCUUGUGGUCAAUUGGUAGUUAGCCUCCCUGAUGAAAGAUCGGCAGGUGGAGCCACCCUUCUGUCAGAUAUCGAAGACCUCAGGAUCUGAUCUCUCCGUCUGUCAACUUUUACUAUAUCAACAAAAAUCAUCGUUACCAAUUAGAAUCAUCACAUGAUGGUAACUAGCACUAUAGUUUUAACCAAGCUCUAAGAUAUAGUCCUGAUUUUGGCCAUUGUGGUGUUUCCCUUCCAUCUUGGAAAACACAUUUUUGCUGUUAACACAAUUGCACAGACCCUGGAGAUGUGUUAACUUGGUAAUGUAAAUGAGGGUAAUGCUGUGUAAGCCUUGCAAUGAACAUAUAGUGGCGUCACAUGGCCUGUAUCGAUGUUUAUCUGCCAUCAAA